AUGAGUAUUCAGAUCCCUGCCACUAACAAUGCCAUCCACACAGUUGGCAUCGUCACUGAUGUCUUGAAUAUUUUAUUCUCCUCUACGAUUUUGGUUCUGAUCUUGAUUAAGACAUACAUUAAUACUCGGCAUGUGGUUCCUUCAGUGCAACAUAGAGGUGCGCAGGUGUUCAUACUCUUUACGAAGGAUGGUAUCCUACAGUUCAUAGGAACUAUAUUUGCCAACGUCACUAAUCUUGUCGCCUUUAGCAUCGGCCAGACGGGGCUGGGUGUGGUGACAUUUGUAGUAAAUGCGUUGAUUGUCGUCCUGGUAUCAAGGUUCAUCUUUAGCAUUCGCGCGAUCUAUACCCACGAACAGGGAGAGACAACGAUCCGUAACCAAAUGAGUCUCCAGUUCGCUGAUAUCAACGUGGAGCAGGAGGGCCAUGGGAUGUUAGAUAACGCUGAGGAAGACGACAACGAUCAGUCCAGGAUCUUCGCGGGCCGCAUUGGGUUCGAACGAAGUCCAUAUCACAUGAGCACGAGCUGGAGACCGCCAUGGGGUCCGGAGGCGAAUAUUUUUGACAUUGGCUUGUCCGCUCCCCUCACAGAAGACACAGAGGACCCGGACCUGAUACAGGACCAUUCAGAGUACUAG